UUCGUCGUCUGCAUGUAAACAUAGUCUUCGUACAGGAUGGUACAGGACAGACGACAGACCUGUUCCGUAGCAAAUACCCAAAAGAUGUGCUAACAAAACAAACCGAGGAACAGUCUUCUUUUGAUCGGCAAUUACGAUCGAAUUUUGUCUCCCGUCAAAAUAUGUUCGAUUUAUUUAACACGGAUCUCCUGUAGUAAUCUUAAAGAUACGAGCUGACAGAAAAGCGAAAGCUUAAUUGGUCUUUCCAUUAUGGGCAUUUUAUUGGAAGAACUGAACAGAAUUGGCGUGAUUGUUAUCAAGUACCUGCAAACAGUGUUCCCGGGCGGAGACUGGUUCUUCCUGGGAGUGUCGCGGGCGUCCGACCCACUCAGUGUGUUCCUGUACGUGGUGCCCGUGGUGGCAGGCCUGCAGGUGUCGCUGGGCGCGGACAUGCUGGUGGCGACUGCGCUUGCAGAGUGGCUCAACACACUGCUCAAGUGGCUGCUGAUGGAGCACCGGCCGUACUGGUGGGUGCGGGAGACGGCGCUGUACGGGGGGCCUGAGCGGGCCCCCUCGCUGCGCCAGACGCCGCUGACCUGUGAGACAGGCCCGGGCUGCCCCUCGGGACACGUCAUGGGCUACGCAGCCGUCGCCUACCUGCUGGCCAGCAGCCUCAGUGAGGGCGUGCCGCGCAGCCUGGCCAGAGGCGUGUGGGCCCUGUACUGGGGCACCGUGCUGCUAGUGGCACUGUCGCGCCUGUACGUGGCCACACACUUCCCGCACCAGUGUGCCCUGGGCGCGCUGGGCGGACUGGCCGUGGCCUGGCUGCUGGCGGGGCGAGACUGGCAUCGCACCCCGCGCCGUGCCGCGCUGCUGGGCGCGCUGGGGCUCUGCCUGGUGCCCGUCGCUGCCUACUGGCUGCAGAAGCUGCUGGGUGUGGACCCCCAGUGGUCCGUGCGCCUGGCCUUCAAGUGGUGCGAGCACCCAGAGUUCCUGCACGUCAACACCACGCCGCUGUUCUCGCUGGUGCGCUCGUGCGGUGCGCUCGUGGGCGUGGCCCUCUGCUGCCCGCUCGUCUUCAGGCUGCGGCAGAGCGGGGGGCGAGCGGUGCGCUUGAUCGGUUCCUUGCUGGUGGCUGCCAUCUUCCAGUAUGCGACACAGCUGGUCCCGACUCACGACGCAGCCCUCUUCUACACCGUGCAGUUGAUUCUGCACGUAGCCCAGCCGUGCCUGUUGCUGCUGGCCGCGCCGCGCAUCGCAUCUCUGCUCCGCGCGUAGCCGUGCCUGCAAGGCUUGCUUCUCAGGGUCUUCCCCCUAUCGUCACGAAGUGUGUAGUGUAUCUCAUUGACGUAUGAUGGUCGCCAGGCAGGCGGUACUGCGAUCAGAACAGAAUGUCACACAUUCAGCCCUUGGCAUCACUGUGCUGCCUGCAUUUUUAGUUUGCUCAGUUUGAUAGUUAUUGUUGGAUACGGUGUUUCAUGUUUUCUAGCUGGUCACAUUUCCAUUGAAGAAGCAUGCAGAUAUCUCAAUCACGCAGGCAACGUGUUAUCCGAGACUUUUGAACAUAAUGCUUAUCUGUAGUCUUUUUUUUUUUUACUUCUAUAGAGCAGCUUACUACAUAUUACAACUUGUUUUGAUUACAAUUGUACUAUAAGUUAAUUUUACUUUGGAAUAGUCAUUAAAAUGAUUGCAACCAA